CGACGGGGUGCCCGGCCUCCCUUCCCAUCUCAUCAUCUCAACCAACGUUUUUCCAAGACCCGUACCCGCGCUUCAAAGCUGCUGCUAACAAUGGGCCUGUCCAUCUCACAGAACGGGUUCAUCAACAAUUUGACGUACAAUUCGUACACGUCCUUGAAAAAGCCGACGAGAGACUCCUCCCCCCGGUUUCCGUCGUGGAGGAGGAGGAAGGCCGUGCCCCCCGCUGUGAGGAAGGCGUGGACGAUGUGCCCGUUGAAACGGUCGAUGGCCCGCAGAUUCAUGUACGGAG